AUGUUGGCGCGCUUUGGGACCAAGGCAACGGUGCGGUACCGUUGCGCGUUACGGGGAGAUCCCAGGGAUGUCCCAUAUUCCAUGGGAGAGGUCAAAGCCCAAGAAUGUGAGUGGUAUUUUGAAGGUGCUGCUGCUCCAUGGAUGCUUCAUGAUCCUGAGAGUCGCAGCCUCCUGGCUUUCGAUAUCGAUGGAUCCAAGCAGCAAAACAUGGGCAAAGCUUGGCCCUUGAUGGAAGUGGGCAUCGGCUGGUCCAACUUGGUAGGGGUCAUUGCGGUGCUGGUCGUGCUACACGUGGGCUUCCGAUUCAAGUGGAAACUGGACACAUUUUUGGAACACAUCGAUGUGGUGUGUCUCAUACUGCUGGCAACCAGUGGGGCUAUCGUCACAGAAGUCAUCGACUAUGAAGCGUCCACCAGCUUGUUGGAACACGUGAUCUUCACGGCCUCCAGUUACAUCGAGGUCUUGGGCUUCGUCCCAGCCGUGUGGAUGGUUCACCAAUCUGCCAAGAAGAACGAUGAUGUGACGAGAACUGGUGGGGUCGACUUGACCCGCCAGGCCGUCUUCUUCUUUGUGACUUGGUGA